CCUGUGCUUUUGCACCUGCCUCACCAGCCCUGCCACUUCGAGCGCAAAACCUCCACAGGAGCUCCUUUUACCUGCAGUGCAGCGUUUACAGCAGCAGCCCAGUCCAGUACCACUGAAUCCUCUCUCUGCUGCUGGCUGUGCAUGCUGCGUCUCCUCCUGCAGCUCCACUGAGGCAUCACGCUGUGAACAGGUAGAUACAACAUGCAACAUCUAAGCAGCAGCAGCAGCAGCAGCAGCAGCUGAUGAAGACAUAACAAAAGAGAGGAAAUAUCGGUGCAGAGGAGAUUUGGUGAGUGUUUCAUGUGUCAGGGGAGAGAAAUGUGUCCUUGCGCAACGGGUGCAUGUGCUAAGUAACGCAGGAGGUGGACGUCAACAUGCAAUAAGUGACAGUGCGCACAACCAGGUAGUGUACUAUACGCAGAGAGAAGCUCCACUGAACUUUAUACCCGCUUUGACGCGAUGGCUGCAGCUGCGUCUCUGGCUGAAGUUGGAGGCGUCCUGCACGGCAUCGAUGGUGUCGCACAGGUCGGGUCACAUUUCCUCCUGACUCCUCUUGGAGACAGUCCCACGCUCCUUGGAGAGCACCUCAUACCCGGGGACAGGCUCUACCGGAGCACCUCGGCGGAUCUAACGCACCUCAAAGGGAUCCUCAGGAGGAGACAGUUAUACUGCAGGACUGGCUUUCAUCUGGAGAUACUUCCGGAUGGCACAGUGCAAGGGACCAGGGAGGACCACAGUCGAUUUGGUAUUUUGGAAUUCAUAAGCCUUGCUGUUGGGUUGAUAAGCAUUAAAGGAGUGGACAGUGGACUCUAUCUGGGGAUGAACGACAAAGGAGAGCUGUAUGGCUCUGAGAAGCUCACGGCCGAAUGUGUCUUCAGGGAGCAGUUUGAGGAGAACUGGUACAACACGUACUCCUCCAACCUCUACAAACACGGAGACAGAGGGACACGUUAUUUUGUGGCGUUAAACAAAGACGGGACACCAAGGGACGGGACUAAAUCCAGGCGGCACCAGAAAUUUACACACUUCUUGCCCAGGCCUGUGGACCCUGAACGCGUGCCAGAGCUGUACAGGGAUAUCCUGGGACACAGCUGAGACCCGGAGGCCCGGUCCAGUUCAGGAAUAGCUGCUAAAAGCCCUGGCAGGGCAGGGAGCAGAGAAGAGAAGAGAAGAGGGACGCAGGCAGGGAUGUGAUGCUGGCGGACAGCAGCCCCGACCGGCAGGGAUAAAGGCACCGGGGCCUCUUGUAGGAAUGCAUGGGCCAUCUCUCAGCGGCCAGGAAGACGGGCUAGAAUGUCUGCACGCUUGGCAUGAGGGGGCUGUUUGUUCCAGAGGCCGGAUGACCCUAAAAAGUACCUGCGUGGAAUAGGAGACGAAUGGGAAACGGAGCUGAGUGAUCAGGGAGCAUCUCCUCUGGUCAGAUGGGGAUGUCAGCUGAGUCCGUGGGAAUCUGUACCAUCAUGAGAUGGUAUUAUUAUUAUUCUGGGUGUCAGAAAGAGAGCCGUAAUUUGUUCAGAAGGACUUUGAAGGAAUUCAGUUUUUUUGUUUUCUUACCUGUGUCUAGACCUGUUUUGGAAAGAGCAAAAAAUGUAACAAUUUAUUUAUUCAUUUUAGAUACAUAUAUUUAUGUUAUAUAUUUAUUUAUUUGAGAAUAUAUUUUUACAGUUAGAUACAUGCAAUAUAGAAAAACCACUAGAAAAUGUAUCGAUUAUAUAAAGACUGAGACACUGUACCAUUUUAUUCUGAAAAAGCUCAGCUAUAGUGAUAUACUGUAAUAUGACCACAAAUAUGAAACAUAUUGGCAAACAUUUGGAUCCCCACAUCUGAAAUGCAUUUUUAUCACUAUAUGGCAACUGUGAAUCAAUUUUAAAAGAAUCUUUGUAACAUAUUAAUUCUAACCAAACUACUGUUACAUGUGUUACAGGAGGAAUCUGAAGUCAACAAACUGACAAUAAAUUGCUCAAAAUGUGAUCAAAAUGCUUUUUUUUGUCAACCUAUAUGAUCAGAGAUGAAGGUGUUUCUAACCAAUGUUCAUUUAAAAAAAAAUACAUUUUUACUUUAAACAGAACAAUAUUUUAAAAGAACUUUAUUGGUUGCCUUUGUCUCUCAGAGUUUAAACAUAUAAACCGGCUUACGAGACCAAUGUUGUCUUUCUUUAUGGACGCCGUUAUACCGAGAGGGGAGUUGUAGACCUGAUGCACACGUAAAAACUUCAAAGCCUCCGUGCUGAAACCUCUGAAUGUAGAGGCCGUGCAACAACACGAUCAGGGCCAAAUAAAAUCUGACCUUUAGCUCGGGCCCAGCAACUUUAGCAGCUGUGUAAAAGUGGAGGUCAGAGCGAUAAGGAU